AUGCAAUUUCAGGAACAAAACUUAAAAAAUCUGUCUUCUCUCACACAAUUCCUUCUCUUGGGAUUCUCAAAGGAUUGUGAGAUGCAGGUUUCACUUUUCACUGUCUUCCUUAUUUAUUAUCUGGUAGCAGUUGGAGGAAAUCUUCUCAUCAUCUCUGCAGUAGUUACCAACCGCCAUUUACAUAAUCCCAUGUACUUCUUUCUGAUGAAUUUGGCCAUACAAGAUGUGGGGCAGGUUUCAGUCAUUUUCCCCAAAUCCAUGGCAAAUUCCCUUAUGGAUAUUAGAUACAUUUCAUAUUCUGGAUGUGUGGCUCAAGUGCUUUUUUAUGUUUUCUUUGCAACAUCUGAUUUCUUUUUUCUCACAGUUAUGGCAUACGAUCGGUAUGUGGCUAUUUGCAAUCCUUUACAUUAUGAGAUGUUGAUGAACAAGAAAGUCUGCCUUAGAAUAACUGCUACUAUUUGGACCAGUGGCUUUCUUCAUGGAGUCUUACACGCUGGUGGAACCUUUGCAGCUCCUUUUUGCUCCAACAUUGUCAAUCAAUUUUUCUGUGAAAUCCCACAAUUAAUGAAACUUGUCUGCUCUGAUUUGUACCUAAUUGAGGUUGGGCUUAUUUUGUUAGGUGCUGUGCUUGCAGGAGGCUGUUUUCUUUUCAUCCUUGUGACUUAUAUGCAUAUUUUCACUGCCGUGCUGAAAAUCCCCUCCAUGCAUGGAAGGCAAAAAGCUUUCUCAACUUGCCUUCCCCACCUCCUUGUAGUUUCCAUAUUUGUGUUUACAGUAUGUUCUGUUUAUAUCAAGCCCUCCACUAAUUCUCCAUUAUAUCUUGAUUUGGCAACGACUAUAUUAUAUUCCAUGGUUCCUCCUCUAAUGAAUCCAGUAAUCUACAGCUUGAGAAACAAGGAAAUAAAAAAAGCUCUCACUGAAAUGUUAUGUUUAAGAUACUCUUCUGUCAAUUCCUUUUAG